AUGUUAGCCUUUAAUUUGGUGCUUCUGCUAGCCCUCCUGGGAAGUUGUGAGUGCAAGCGGCUCUGGACUCACGAACUGUUAGAAAUCCAUACAUACAGCGAAGAUGAGAGCAAAAUAAAACUGGAAGCGCGUAUUGAGCGACAAGGUCGUUACCUUGUCGGCAUUUCGGGCAGCGGAGACUUGCAAUACGAUUUCGACAAUACAACUCUGUUUGAGGUGAUAAUCCAUCACAGUUCCAGCGGCAGCGAAAGCGACUACAAGCCGCUUCCUAUGGCUGUGCCCAAGAAACGCCUUGUGGACUUAAAAAAAAUGUAUGAUGAUAUUGUCUAUCCUGCUAUGAAGGACUGUUCGAAUAUGCCCCAAAUCGAGGGAGAUUUAUUAUGGCCAUGGCCAAGGGAUCUUUACACAUUCGAUAUGUGUAAUUUCGAUAAAGGAAAUUUACCGGAAAUAAUGUCUGAAGGCUACUAUAAGAUCUUUUGUACCUUUUCCGGCGAGGUCAACUGGAGUUUGAGCUAUCUUGUUUAUGUAAAAACAAAGCUUAUCUAA